AUGCCAAUAAGACCAGCCACCGAAGAUGACAUCGAGCCCAUGUCAGAGAUUGCCGCCCAGGCAUUCUGGGACGACGAGCUUUUUGGUGAGCUGAUCCAUCCAUAUCGGCACGAACACCCGGAAGGUGUACGGCUGUACUGGCGAGCACUCAUCCGAAAGGCUUGGAACGACCCGGCUAGCCAUUUCCUGGUAUCUACCGUUGGCGAAGGCGAUAGUCAGACUGUUGCUGCGUGGACGGAAUGGAUACGUAAAGGAAGGAAAGAUGAGGUGGAGGAUCCCAAGAAGAAGCAGGCGGAGUGGCCUGCACUGCCACCUAAUCGAGCUGCGCAUCCUGACCGUAUCCAUUACUUGGAGCGAAGUUAUGAUUAUAUAAGUCAUCAAUGGAGUGGGCCAAGAGAGCAGUGUUGGGAUAUCGCUCUGCUAGCCGUCUCACCACACCACCAAGGUGAAGGUCACGGAAAGAGACUCAUGCAGUGGGGCAUUGAUCAGGCAACGCGAGAACAACUUCCGAUCAGCGUGAUUAGUGCCUAUGGUAAGGACAAGUUCUACAACAAACUGGGCUUCACUAUCGCCAGCGGCUCAGCUCAAGACGGCGAAGGUAACCCUCUGGCUGGGCUAGUGAAGGGAGGCUUGAUCUGGUGGAAGGAAGAUCAUCUGACAUAG